CAGUGAAAAACAAACUUCAUUUUGUGAAGAGAGGAAGUAGACUUCCACGGGAGAAAAACACAUAACCACACCUUGAUCCACAUGUUAAGGUGAAUUCUGAAAUAAAGAAGUAAAAUGAGAACCUGUGCAGUGAUCCAGCAACGUGUUGACGUAAAGGUGUAAUCUGUAGGAAGGGGCAUGACCUCCAAAAUGAGUGUGUCUGUGAAAGAGGACACAAAGAAAGGCGAGAGUCUGAUUCAGGGUAAGAGAUCAGACUCACCUGAACCCAGCUGUGUGUCCAUGAAGAGUGACAGGUCAUUGGAUCGUCGAAUACACUUCAGAGACACAGACUGUGCUACUGAUCUGAGACCGCAGAAGAAUAAAUCAAAAUUCACUGAGAAGAGUCAUUUGGAGGACGUAUUCAAGGAGCUGGAGCACAAAGUCAUCAGUCUGAUAAAGAAUGAGCUGAAGAGAUUUAAGAAGCUCCUGAGUCCAGAUUACCCAGCAUGCUCUGAGAGGGAGGUGGAGGAGGAGGAGGAUCAGAGCAGUGUCAGAGAGGGAGUGCUGAAGAUCACACUGCACUUCCUGAAGAACAUGAACCUCACAGGUCUCGCUAACACACUGCAGAACAAACUCGUCUCUGUGCACCAGCGAGAACUCAAAUCCAGACUGAGAGAGAAAUGUAAAAGAAUUAAUGAAGGAAUCUCACAGCCUGGAAGUUCAGCACUUCUGAAUGAGAUCUACACAGAUCUCUACAUCACAGAGGGUUGGAGUGGAGACGUCAAUAAUGAACAUGAGGUGAGACAGAUUGAGACAGCGUCCAGGAGACCAGCAGCACAGGAGACACCCAUCAAAUGUAAAGAUCUCUUUAAAGACAAGUCCAUCAGAAGAGUGCUGACUAAAGGAGUUGCUGGAAUUGGAAAAACAGUCUCUGUGCAGAAGGUCAUUCUGGACUGGACUGAAGGAAAAGCAAAUCAGGACGUCACCUUCAUGUUUCCACUUCCCUUUAGAGAGCUGAAUCUGAUGAAGCAGAAACAUCUCAGUCUGAUGGAGCUUCUUCAUCACUUUUUCCCAGAAAUAAAAGAAUUAGGAUUAAUAGACUGUGAGAUCAACAAAGUCCUGUUCAUCUUUGAUGGUCUGGAUGAGUGUCGACUUCCUCUAAAUUUCCAGAAGAAUGAGAGAUUGUGUGAUGUGACAGAGUCAGCCUCAGUGGAUGUGCUGCUGACGAACCUCAUCAAGGGGAAUCUGCUUCCCUCUGCUCUCCUCUGGAUAACCUCUCGCCCAGGAGCAGCCAAUCAGAUCCCUCCUGAGUGUGUAGACCAGGUAACAGAGGUACGAGGGUUCAGUGAUCCUCAGAAAGAGGAGUACUUCAGGAAGAGGAUCAGUGAUCAGAGCCUGGCCAAUAAAAUCAUCUCACACAUGAAGUCUUCAAGAAGCCUCUACAUCAUGUGUCACAUCCCAGUCUUCUGCUGGAUCUCAGCCACUGUUCUAGAGAGAAUGUUGGGUGAAGCAGAGCGUGGAGAGAUCCCCAAGACUCUGACUCAAAUGUUCACACACUUCCUGAUCUUUCAGAUCAAACACAAGGACCAAAAGUACCAUCAGAAAUGUGACCCUGAUCCUCAGCAGACCAGAGAGAGUAUCCUGGCACUGGGAAAACUGGCUUUCCAACAGCUGGAGAAAGGAAACCUGAUCUUCUAUGAGGAAGACCUGAGAGAGUGUGGCAUUGAUGUGAGAGAAGUGUCAGUGUACUCAGGAGUGUGUACCCAAAUCUUCAGAGAGGAGUUUGGGCUUCACCUGGGGAAGGUGUUCAGCUUUGUACAUCUGAGUGUUCAGGAGUUUCUGGCUGCUUUAUACGCAUUUCUCUCCUUCAUCGACAGAAAUGAAACAGAACACCAAACUGAUCUGUCUGAUCUUCUCACCAAGUCAAACAUGUCUGAUUUCCUCAGGAGUGCAGUGGACAAGGCCUUACAGAGUGAGAAUGGACACCUGGACCUGUUCCUCCGCUUCCUUCUGGGUCUCUCACUGGAGUCCAAUCAGACUCUCUUAAGAGACCUACUGCCCCAGACAGGAAGCAACUCUCACAACAAACAGGAAACAGUCGAGUACAUCAAGAAGAAGAAUCCAUCUCCAGUGGUUAUCACGUUCGCCUCACACCUCCAGGGUCGGGGUUCGAUUCCUGUGGCCCUGUGUGUGCGGAGUUUGCAUGUUCUCCCCGUGCUGCGGGGGUUUCCUCCGGGUACUCCGGUUUCCUCCCCCAGUCCAAAGACAUGCAUGGCUGUGUCGGUGUUAUCUCACAGAGGAAAGCUGUAGAGUUCUGUCCUCAGUUCUCAGAUCAAACUCCUCCAGACUGAGAGAACUGGACCUGAGUCACAAUAACCUGCAGGAUUCAGGAGUGAAGCUGCUCUCUGCUGGACUGGAGGAUCCACACUGUACACUGGAGAUACUGAGGUCAGAUCAUCACUUUCACAUUGUGUUUAUUUUAUUGUCACUAUUAUAGUAUAAACCUAAUAAUAUUAAAAUGUAGAUCAACAAGUCUGAUGUAUAACAAGAGGUUGACAAAAUAUAAAAAAUUGGGAUGGUUAAUAAUCAGGUUAAACUAUAAAAUAAAUUAAAAUCUUUUAUCGGUUUUAUUUGUAAAUGCAUUCUGGGUACAGAAGAUCUAUUAGAGCACAUGUACGCCCCCUAUAGGUGCAUUGUAAGUUGUCUUUAGAUUAAUUUAUACACUAGGACCACUUAGUAAAAUACUAAAUCCUCAAAUAGCUUGUUCAUUUAUGAAACCAGUGGUCAGGUCCACAUGUGCAAUGCCUCGUCAGGAGAACUCCCAUUUCCAUGAUUCCCAGCCAGACACCAUGUCACAUGACAACCAAACACCCAUCUCUUUACCAAUCACUGGACUUCAUCAUGCAGAACUGUUCACACUGACACACACUCCUUAUAUAUAUUAUUAUAUAUAUUUGUGUGUGUGUUCUGUUCUUUGAUUGUUGCUUGUUUAGACCUCUGCUUUGUGUAUUGUUUACCCUUUUACACUGUCUAGUUCAGAGUUUCUCAACCUUUUGUAACUAAAGCCCCCCAAGCCUCCCCUAUCACAUGGCAUGCCCCCCCCCUUCCUUGGAGGAUAAUGGAGGAGACCAGGCUGUGUCGGUGUGAUCUCACAGAGGAAAGCUGUAGAGUUCUGUCCUCAGUUCUCAGAUCAAACUCCUCCAGACUGAGAGAACUGGACCUGAGUCACAAUAACCUGCAGGAUUCAGGAGUGACGCUGCUCUCUGCUGGACUGGAGAAUCCACACUGUACACUGGAGAUACUGAGGCUGCAUUGGUGUUUUCUCACAGAGGAAAGCUGUAGAGUUCUGUCCUCAGUUCUCAGAUCAAACUCCUCCAGACUGAGAGAACUGGACCUGAGUAAGAAUAACCUGCAGGAUUCAGGAGUGACGCUGCUCUCUGCUGGACUGGAGGAUCCACACUGUACACUGGAGAUACUGAGGCUGGAAUGGUGCAGUAUUACAGGUGAAGGUUGUGCUGCUCUGGUUUCAGCUCUGAGGUCAAACACCUCAUCACACCUGAAAGAACUGAAUCUGAAACACAAUAAACCAGGAGAAUCAGGAGAGAAGCUGCUCUCUGAUCUACUGAAGGAUCCACACUGUAAACUGGAGACACUACAGUGAGUUACUGACAGAAACACACACACACACACACACACACACACACACACACA